UUUCCCUUGAAUGUUUUAACCGCGAUGUGCUCGUGAGAAUGAGAGAGGACAGCAGACCUGUACGUGUCUUUCAUCAUUAAUGAGCUUCAUUCGCGUUUUCAUUAGAUGGCAGCAAAGCACCAGAGAAACAUCAGAAGCUCUGCAGCAUCCGCAUCCGAACACAAGCGCGAGCUGCUGCUGUCAUUACCGAGCCGAGCCGAGCCAUAACACACACACACACACACACACACACACGCGGGGACGGCCAGAGCUGCAUUCAUCGGAACCAGACGACAUGAGCUGCUUUUGGAUACACUCGAUCCUCAUCCCGGGAUUCUUCGUACUCUUCGGAUUUGAAGGAUUCCCGGUGAUCAGCGUGGACAGCCAGAGAUCCACCGACAACAUCACCAUCAGACAGGGAGACACCGCCGUGAUCCGGUGUUAUGUGGACGAUAAGGUGUCGAAGGUGGCCUGGUUGAACCGCUCGAACAUCAUCUUCGCGGGUGAGGAUAAAUGGUCUCUGGACCCGCGGGUGGAGCUGGUGACUCAGGGUCAGCUGGAGUACAGUCUGCGGAUACAGAAGGUGGAUGUGUUCGACGAGGGUCCGUAUACCUGCUCCAUCCAGACCAAACAGCAGCCCAAGACGUCACAGGUCUAUCUCAUCGUUCAAGUUCCUCCAGUCAUCUAUAAAGUUUCGGACGACAUCACUGUGAACGAGGGCAGUAACGUGACGUUGACGUGUUUGGCCAGUGGGAGGCCAGAUCCCUCCAUCACCUGGAGACUGCUCAACCCGUCAGCCGAGGCUCUGGAUGUGGGCGAGUAUCUGGAGAUCUCUGGGAUCAUUCGAUCUCAGGCCGGACGUUACGAGUGUAAAGCGAGCAAUGACGUCUCCACUCCUGAUGUAAAAUAUGUCAGCGUGGUGGUUAACUCCCCGCCGUACAUUAAAGAGGUGCGGAGCUCCGAGACGCCGGUGGGACAGACUGGAGUCCUGCACUGUGAGGCGUCUGCGGUUCCUCAGCCUGAGUUUGAGUGGUACAGAGACGAGCGCAGACUGUCCAGCUCUCAGAGCGUCAGUAUUCAGAUCAGCGGCUCUCGCACGCUGCUGGUGGUCGCUAACGUCACAGAGAACGAUUACGGAAACUACACGUGUGUCGCCACCAACAGACUGGGAAUCCACAACGCCAGCGUGUUCCUCUACAAACCUGGCACUGGGCGGGACAUCAACGCCUCAGGCUGCGUCUGUCAAUCAUUCUGGCUCCUCCUCCUGUCUGUUCUCUCGGCUCUUCUGAAGUGUUAAUGUUCAUCGCAGACGCUCUGAACGCGAUCGAUCGUCUCAGACUGUUUCCAUCCGUCCAUCCACGCUCACCGUUACGCCCCGGCAGGACGACCGUCUUAUUAUCAGGAAAAAAUAUGACAUGGAGAAAAGAAAGAAGGUGCUCUUUUUAAGACAAGAAUAUUGCCAUUUAACCGGUUCAAGCACUUAAUUCCAGUGACGCCCGUCUGUCCGACAGUCUGAGUGCAUGUGUGUGAUUUACCACAGAAACCCAGAGCGAAAUCAUCUAGAAAAAUGGUUAAUUUCAUUGUGUUUUCCCAUAAUACCCUGCAGCCUGUUCCGGAAUCUGCCUAAUGUACACUAAUGAAGGAGCGCUAGAAUCACGUAAGGUCAUUUAGAUGUGGUUUAGGACUAAUGACUAGCAGAAGGGACUGAAACACACAGUAUUUUCUGCUGAAUCUUCAGGCUGCUGCUACGUCGUUCAUGAAGAUUCUCUGAGAUCAGAACAAUCAUGCGAUGUUCGAGACACUCACAGCCGUCAGUGUUUGUGAUGAUCGAUCAGAGAAUCUGUUCACAGAGGCAGAACAGACCCGCCCCCGUAAACCCCUCCCACAUGUGUAGCCCCACCCACUUAAUAAUAAACCCCUCCCACAUGUGUAGACCCACACACGUAAUCCUAAACCCCUCCCACAUGUGUAGCCCCACCCACGUAAUCCUAAACCCCUCCCACAUGUGUAGCCCCACCCACGUAAUACUAAACCCCUCCCACACCAGGCGGAUCUGCAGGUGUUUCUUCAGGGUUCCUGUGAAAACCUGGAUUAUUGUGAAAAACAAUUCUUCUGGAGGGAAACCUGUAGAAUGCUGUGAAAUGAUUUUUACCGUGUUAAAGCGUGUGAGAUUAGUCCAAAUACACGCGUGACCCUUGUGUCCAGACCCUCGUCUUCUGCGUGUCUGUGAAAUCGUAUGAACUCUGAAUUGUACGACACCAAUGAAUGCUUCGCUUCGAUCCGCUGCUCAUCCCGUCGCGUCCGUCGUCUGUAAAUAUUCUUUUGAAUCGAAUGUCCUCACAUGGAAACGAAACAAAUCUUCGGUUCAGGUCUCUUCAUAAGUAGUUAGUUAUCUGCGGUGGCGCUUUGAUGCUUCCUGUAACAAACUGAAAUUA